AUGGCAACCAUCUUCUACGGCUCCUGCCUCUGCAAAGGCGUUCGAUAUUCCAUUUCCGGCCAAGCACAAAUGAGCGUGCUUUGUCAUUGUCUCAACUGCCAAAAAUCCAGCGGCUCAGCCUUCCAAGCGAAUGGAUUCUACAGUAAAGGCCAGUUUGCUCUCCUUGAUGGCGCCAGCUUCAUAACCGACUACCAUGACAGCGCUGUCGACGCCGGCUGCACGGUGAUCAGGUCUUUCUGCUCAGUCUGUGGGUCCAAUCUAUACACAACCAAUUCUACGAACCCGCUUAUCAAGGACGCGAUCAUCGUCAUGUCAGGCUGCCUUGAAAAGGCUUCGAGUGCUCUUGAACCUCCGCAAUCUGAAUUUUACGUCAAGAGACGCCGCGACUGGGUGAAGGUAGAUGGAAAUGGAACGAGCGAGUUCCAGGCAAUGUCGUAG